AUGACCCGCGAUGUCAAGUCCAAGCCUGCUGUGUCACUGGUGCGACAGAAACUAUUCCGUGACACCGCUGGUAUGACCCUCCAUGAACAAAGCCAACUGGCGUCGACACUAGAGACAACUGGGAACAACGUUCUCGAGGCAAUACAAAAGAUGAAAAAGGCAACGAAGGCACAACAGAAACGCACCAAACACACAUCCGUCAAGUUUGAAUGGCUGCACGACUUGGCUCAUCUUCGAAAGCUUGAGGACACAGCCACCAAAGAGCUCGAUGCACUUUUAAUCAAGUACCUCAACGACGCUACAACCACAUGUUCGUCAGGCCAGUCCCGUGCACCAGCCCCGCACCACAACAACGACCCAACCACCCCCCACUCUGGGCAUACGUUUGUAGAUGGCUUGGAUGAUUACGGUAGUGCGCUGCAGUCGUUUGUGGACCACAUGCAGCACCAUCGGCUCGACUGGAUCAAGCAAAUGCAUGCCCACAGAGACACGAGACACUCCAUGCAUCAACUGGUCGCUCGAGUGCAUGCGGACAAGGCCGUUCAGGGCCCCACAUGGAUGGCGCGCGUCAAACCGGACCUGCAAAACGUGAUGAUCGAAGCUAUCGUGGGCCAUCACGUGGUGUGGGAGCAAUUGGCAACCGAAGCUAGCGCCACCAUCCAAACAUUAACAGCAACAACAGUCGCCCUCCAACCAUGUCUUCGCUCAAUGGGGCACACCAAUACUGGCAACCAAGAGAUGACCGAGACCGACGACCAUAAGUCCAUUUUGGACAGGCUGGGGGGAGUGGAGUGCCCUGACGUGGCGUUGAAAGCGUCGUUACAGGUCCAACUCGACGCGAUCCACCAACGUCACAGCCACGAGUUGCAGCAACUGCACCAGACGUUUCUCGCCCAAUGUGGUGAGCCAAAUCCGACCGUCGCAGUGUCCAAGACUGGCGGGUGGUCUGACCACGACCACGACCAUUACAUCAAACUGUUCAAGGACUGUGACCCCAAAGGCAUCCGGAAUGACCCGUUUUUGUCACGUGUUGCGGUUCAAUUGACCAAUCAGAACGUCGAUGCGAUUCGACACCACGAUACGUGGUACCGCUGCGUACGGCGCGUGGCUACACUAAAGCAGGAUCGGUUGAAUGAACAUGCACGACGGAUACAAUCGUUCCUAGACGAAGCCAGCGCGGCGAUGGCCGCGGCGACCGCGGCGGCCGUGUCCGCCACAACAAAGGACGAGGAAUGGGCCCAGCGGAUGGCAGACCAAGCGUUGAUGCAUGCGAAAGUCGAGCGGUUCAAAGGGAAACGCGAUGCCAAGGCAGACAUGGCCGCGCAUCAAGCCGAGAUUGCGCGGUUGGAAGCCGACGCGAUUCAAGUGGCAGCCGAUCGAAAACGACUCAAAGAGCACGAGCUCAAAAAGAAACUGUUGCAGGAUCACAGGAGCUGGCAACAAGUCGACAUGUUGGCCCAAGACGAAGCGACUGCAUUGAAACGAGCUAUUGAGGCGGAGGAACUCAAGGAGCGGGAUGCUGUCAAUGCUGAGCGUGUGGCUUUUCGAGUGGAAGAAUACGAGCAAAAAUGCGACGAUGCCAAGCGCAGGGCUAUCCAAAGAGCCGACGACGAGGCCGAGCGACUGCGGGUGUUGGAAGCCAUCAAGCAGGAGACCCCAUAUGCGGAAAAGCUAAAUCAGAUCGAGAUGGACCCCGAGCGGACACGACAGCCCACGGUCGCGUUUACAGCCAACGUCGACGCUAUCCAAGACGGCUUGGGAGUUCACGAGACGGGGUUGUUUCCGUCGCAUGGGUAUGACACGGAUAAGUUAUUCAAAGACGCCCGGUUCAAGCUUGGCCUGGCGCUGCGGGAUGCUGGGCUUGGAUCCACCGAUUACGCGAGAAAGGCCAUGUCAACUAUCACGGUUCGGAACACAGGAGCGUAUCGGCAUACCCCGCAGGCGUCCACGCAGUUGUGGUGACACGAGCAUUCUUUGGCAUGCGUUGCGAUAGCAAACGAUUGUUAAUGCGCAAACCCCGGGCAUAGCAUUACACGUACGUUAUCCGGGGUGGAAAGGGUAC